AUGGUUAUGGCCUCGGCUACGCUCCAGUUAUGCACAUCGUCGCCCACGCUACCCCAUGCUGCUCCUGCCAUCGCCACUUAUGCCGCCGCGCCAGCUGUGACCCGUGUUGCCGCUAUCAACGCUGCCCCAGCUGUAGUCAUGGUUGCCCAUGCUCUUGUCCCCACCUGCGCUGCUGUUGCUCCAGCUGUCAACAAGGUUGCGGCCAUCUACGCUGCUGUUGCUCCAGCCGUCACCAAUGUUGCAUCCACCUACCACGCCCCAGCCAUCGCUACCUAUGCCGCUGUCCCAGCUGUCGCCAAUGUGGCCCAGCCCCCAUUGCCACCGCUGUUGCCCCUCCAGCAUAGGCGUAUCAGCCCAGAAGGGGGGAGGGGCUCAAGCCCCCCUUUCAGAAAAGUUGGGGGGCUGCCCCCCUUUCGACUGCUAGUGGUCACAAUCCGCGCCUGCAUCCUCUUGGCUCUUGCAACCAGCGCAUUCGCUGACUACGCCGGCUACGCCGGCUACAGCCCCGGAUACGGCUACGGUCCUGGCUAUACGGGCUAUGGUCAUGGCUAUCGCCCCGGUUAUGGUCUAGGCCACGUUGGAUAUGCUCCAGCUGUGCACACUUUCACUCACGCUGCUCCAGCUGUAGGAACCGUUGACGACGCUACAGUCGCCUCUUACACUGCUGGUCGAGUUGUUGCCGCUGCUCCAUCUGUGACCAGGGAUGCCGCUACUUACACUGCUGCCCCAGUUGCUGAUGCUGCUCCAGCCGUUAGCAGGGUUGCUAGCGAGUACCACGCCCCAGGCGUUGCCACCUAUGCUGCUCCACCUGUCGCCACCGACGCUGCCCCAGCCGUGACCAAGGUUUCUUCCACCUACCAUGGCCUAGCUGUCGCCACUGGGGCUCACGCUCCAGUGGCCACCUACGCUUCUGUCCCAGUCACCACCUACGCCGCUGCUCCAGCCGUUGCCCCUUACGCUGCUGCCCCUGUCGUGACGAAGGAUGCUACCACCCACCCCGCCCCAGCUGACGCCACUGUAGCUCACGUUCCGGUUCCAUCCUACGCUGCUGCUCCAGCUGUUGCCACCGUGGCCCACGCCCCUGUCGCCACCUAUGCUGCGACCCCUGCUGUUUCCACCACUCCCGUCCAGCACGCCCCAACUGUCGCCACCGAGUCUCACGCUGCUCCAGCUGUUGCGACCAUUGCCGACGCUCCAUUCGCCUCUUACUCUGCUGGUAGAGUUGUGGCCGCUGCUCCAUCUGUGACCAGAGAUGCCGCCUCCUACGCUGCCGCCCCAGUUAUUGAUGCUGCUCCAGCCGUCAACACGGUUGCUACCGCUUAUCACGACCCAGCCGUUGCCACCUAUGCUGCUCCAGCCGUGACAAAGUUUGCUACUACCUAUCAUGCCCCAGGUGUCGGCAACGUGGGUCACGUUCCAGUUGCAACCUACGCUUCUGCCCCAGUCGCCCCCUACGCCGCUGCUCCAGGCAUUGCCACCUACGCCGCUGCCCCAGCCGCGACGAAGGAUGCUACCACCUAUCAUGCCCCAGCUGUCGCCACCGCGCCUCACGCUCCAGUUUCCUCCUACGCGUCUGCCCCCGUCACCACCUACACCACUUCUCCAGCCGUUGCCACCUACGCUGCUGCCCCAGCUGCUCCGAAAGCAGCUACCACCUACCACGCCCCAGCUGCUGCCACUGUGGCUCGCACUCCGGUUCCCGCCUACGCUGCUGCCCCAACUGUUGCCACCGGUGACCAGGCACCUGUCGCCACCUAUGCUACGGCUCCUGCUGUUUCCUCCUCCGCCGUCCACCACGCCCCAGCUGUUGCAAACGUCGCACACGCUGCCCCAGCUGACGCUGCUUAUCACGCCACCCCAGUCUACAACUACGGUAUUGGCACCCUCGGCUACGGCGUUGGCCACUAUGGUUACGGCCACGGUCUCCUCGGCUACGGUCUGAAUUACAGCUAUGGUCUCGGCUCUCCCUUCUACUACGGUGCCCUGCUAUUCAAGAAGAAAUCAUUCACUGAGGGCAUAGUGUCAUCAAAGAUUUUCGGUAUAAAAGGCCCGACCGACCCCAUCUCACUCAGCAGUUGGCUCAACAGCAGCUCGAAAGUCACCAUGAUCCGUGCUUGCCUCCUCGUGGUUCUUGCCAGCAGUGCCUUCGCUGGUCACACUGGCUACGGCCUCAGCUACGGUCUUGGCUAUGGUGGUCCUGGAUACGGCUAUGGAUUUGGCUACGUUCCAGCUGUCACUGGCACUCACAAUAGUCCAACCGUUACAACCGUAGCUCACACUGCCCCAGCUGUCGCCACCGUUGCCCACACUCCAGUCGCCACUUACGCUGCUACCCCAGCUGUGACCAGGGUUGACACCGUGGCUCACGCUCCUAUGGCCACCUACUCUGCUGCCCCAGUCGCUACCUACGCCACUGCUCCCGCUGUAACGAGAGUUGACACUGUCGCUCACGCUCCAGUGGCCACCUAUGCCACUGCCCCAGUCGCUACGUACGCCGCUUCUCCAGCGGUGACCAAGGUUGCCACUGUGGCUCACGCUCCAGUGGCCACCUACGCUGCUGCUCCCGCUGUGGUCAAGGUUGCCAAUGUGGCUCACGCUUCAGUGGCCAAAUACGCUGCUGCCCCAGUCACUACCUACGCUGCUGCUCCUGUUGUGACGAAGGUUGCCACCGUGGCUCAUGCUCCAGUGGCCACCUACGCUGCUGCCCCAGUGGCUACCUAUGCCACCGUUCCCGCUGUGACGAAGGUUGACACCGUGGCUCACGCUCCAGUGGCCACCUAUGCUGCUGCCCCAGUGGCUACCUACGCCGCUACUCCAGCUGUGACCAAGGUUGCCACCGUGGCUCACGCUCCAGUGACCACCUAUGCUGCUGCCCCAGUCGCUACUUAUUCCGCUGCUCCAGCUGUGACCAAGGUUGACACCGUGGCUCACGCUCCAGUGGCUACUUAUGCUGCCCCAGUCGCUACCUACGCCGUUGCUCCAGCUGUCACCAAGGUUGACACAGUGGCUCACGCUCCAGUGGCCACCUACGCCACUGCCCCAGCUGUGACCAAGGUUGACACCGUUGCUCACGCACCAGUAGCCACGUACGCUGCUGCCCCAGUCAAUACCUAUGGCGCUGCUCCAGCUGUGACCAAGGUGGACACCGUGGCUCAUGCUCCAGUGUCCACGUACACAGCUGCCCCCGUCGCAACCUACGCCGCUGUUCCUGCUGUGACCAAAACCGCAACCGUGGCUCACGCUCCAGUCACCACCUACGCUGCUGCCCCAGCUUUUGCCACUGUGGCCCGUGUCCCAGUCGACACCGCUGUUGCCACUCCAGUUGCCACCUACGCCACUGCCCCAGCUGUCACGGCCUACCAUGCCAGCCCAGUGUACGGCUAUGAUGUUGGCACGCUCGGCUAUGGCACUGGCAACUACGCCUACGGCCAUGGCCUACUCAGCUAUGGCCUGAACUACGGCUACGGUCUCGGCUCUCCGUUUCAUUACACUCUUCUUCUCCGCAAGAAGAAGUCCGCGGCCACGUCUGUGUAUAGCAGCGAGCAGCCGGCCUUCCUCUGUGGUGCGACACCUAGCCGGCCGUUGAGGGUUGUGACGUCACGUGCAAAGGAGCAUGCGCGGCUUUACAAACACGUAGGUGGGCUCAGCACAGAUGCAGAUGUCGUCUGCAUAGAUCGAGAUAUGUAUGGAGCGCGGCAGGAUGUCAACGAUGCCAAUGAGCACAAGGUUGAAAAGUAUGGGGCUUAG